AAAAAUACUAUUUCAAAGGAGAAAUAACUGUCAUCAACAUUUAGGUUAUGUUUGUGAGAAACUUUGGUUAGUGUUAAAAAUUUUAAAAAGAUUGAAUUGGUGACAUUGGUGUAGCUGCUAGCAGUUUCUUGUUAUUAUAUGACUCAUGAUGGAUGAAGAGAACUACGAAGAACUACAGGAAAGUUUAGUUUAUUACAGAACUAAAUUUUGCAAAAGAGUUGUACAAACUACGGCAAAAAAAUUAAAAUUGCAAGAGUGCGACCUUAUGCUGAACAUGAAACCUGUAAAAGCAAAGAAAAUAAAAUGGAAGUAUGAUCCAAGCCUAAAGCAGAAUCAAAUUUUUGAAGGUGAACUUGGGUGUACGAAGAAGGGCAAAAGCGGAAAACCUGAAGGCUCAAAUAAUAAUCAAAGCAAUGAUUCUGAGAAAUUAUCAAAGGUGACAAAAAUGAUGAAAAAAAUGAAGUAUUUAAAAGAGGUAUCUGAGAUCGAUCAGACAUUACAGAAAAUACCAGAUGAAGUUAAACUGGAGGAGCUUCACAAAAGAUUUGGUGUUCAAGUUUCUUGAUGUUAUUGGCUUUGAUGAUUUUAAGUUUUGAUUGAAUGAAUUUUCUUUUAAUUUCACUUGACAUUAGGAAAUAUUUUUAUCUUCCAACUUAUUAUGAUUAGAUGUAUGAUAAUGAUAAGAGUUUUUAUGUGACAUUGUUAAGAGGUAUUCUACACCAUCCAAUAUAAAAUGUAAAAUAAUUUAUAAAUAAUAUAAUUUUCUGAUAUCAUUUGAA